AUGGAAGAGUCCAAAAAAAUAUUCCAAGAGGACAAGUUGUUGAGUGGGCAAGUGAAGUUGAAAGGAGAUGAGUAUCUGCCAAAAGAAUGUUUUAUCAUAAAGCUUAGAAUAGAGACCAAAGGAGUACUACUGAGAGCUGAUAUUUUAUAACUUUUUUGGGAGAAGAAAUACAGUCCAUAUCUUCAUCUUUCUUUUUUGUGUUAUUUUAUUACAAUAAAACACACCGAGUGGAGAGGAAUCGGAGAGGUUACAAUGUCGAAAACAAAGGAGCAGAAGAAGCGUAAGAAAGGCGCAGAUGUCGUCGAUAAGAUUCAUCGAGUACGAGAUCUUCACAAGAUUUGGAAUUCGUCCACUUGUGUACACCACUCAAUGUUAAGAUAA